AUGAUUCAACGCCAACAAUUAUUGCAGUCCGUGCUCCAGAAACUCCAGAAGGCAUCUGAAUAUGAUGGGAUAAAGCAAUUAAUUAAGGCAGCCUUGAAAUGUCAGAUGAUAUUGUCCUCUUUUUCACUACCCAGCUAUUAUGGGAGGCAGUUCCAGGAGGAGCUGGAAGUUGACCGUGUAGCAAAAAGUCUUUACCCAGAAGAUGCUCCUCGCAAUAUGUUGCCUUUCAUUUGUAAAGGCAAUGGGGACCACUUGUUUGAGGCAGCAAGUGUGUUGUUGUGGGGUAACACUAGCUUAACACUGGAGUUACAAGUCCGCACAGUUGUGGAGAUGUUGCUUAACAAGCAGUACUAUUUCCACGGCAUGAUUGAUUCUAAGGUGAUGCUGCAAGCUGCUCGUUAUUCUCUUUGUACAGAUAAAUCUCCUCAGAUGACUAAAUUACCUAUAGCUACCAUCGAGGCUAUCUUUGAUGUUGACAUUAAAGCCAGUUGCUUUAUUGGCAGCUAUGUCAACAUGUGGCAUCUGUACGGUCUGGCAUCUGUACUACAAUGCAACAUUUAUUCCAUCUACCCAAUGAGCAACCUUAAGAUACGGCCAUACUUCAACCGACUCAUUCGACCUAGAACGUGUAACUUGCAAACCUCCACACUUCACAUCAUGUGGUCAGGGAGGCAGAUUUCUUCCCAGGUUUUCGAAGCUCAGUACUUUGUCCCUGUCAUGGGUCUGGAAGAACUGGAACCCACAGCAUCCAUUCCGGAAGCUCAGGUUCAGCCUGUGAAGACACUGGAGUUGCUGAACAAGGAUCCCCAGGUGACUUACUCUAACCUACGUGAAAGAUACAGCAUUACCAAAAGCACCUUCUAUCGAUGGAAACGACAGUCACGAGAGCAUAGGCAGAAAGCAGCGGCCAGAUUUGCAGCCAAACACUUCUUGCAAUCCUGUUUUCAGGAAGGUAACACUAUUCCUCUUCAACACUUCCGACAGUUGUUCCCAGAAAUUUCUCGCUCCACCUACUAUGCCUGGAAGCACGAGAUGCAAAGUGUGAACAACCGUGAGGUUUCUUCCUCUUCUGAUGUUGCCUUGUCUAAGGAUCCUCAAAUGUACAAGCUUCACACUAGUCCGGAUGGUGCAUCAACAUCUGAAGGAGGCCAGAGCUCAAACGAUUUCCUGAAUCAUCCCAAAAAUGGAACUUCCAUGCAAGGAGCCAAGUCUUAUCUAGAAAAAUGCAUUGCCAUGAAUAGUCUUGUGCCAUAUAGAAACUUUAAACGUAGCUUUCCUGGCAUCUCCAGAUCAACGUAUUAUAACUGGAGAAGAAAAGCCAUCAAAGGGAAUCCAAAUUUUAAACCUCCCCUACCUCUUUCUGUAAUCCAGAAACCGACUAGGAAUCUGUAUCUGUCACUAAAGUCAGGAAACCUGCCUAAUGUGAAGAUGGUCAAUGGGCAACAUCCAGGGCCCCGAAUUCUCAUGGGCACCAGGCAAUCUCUCUACAGUUGGCAAAAGCAAGCUCGUGAGUUGGCCAGGAAACGUGUUUGCCAAUGGAACAUGCCUCUCUGUAAGUUUCGCUUGCGUUAUCCUAAUAUUUCUUCUGCAACCUAUUGGUUUUGGAGGAAAAAAAGUGUCAAGGAGACCAAAAAGCAUUGCCUCCCCUUAACAAUGGCUUCCCAAAAUUUGCAGCCAACUCCCACAUCAUCUUCUGAGAUGAAAAGAAAGGCAGAACUUAAAUUCCAUUCCCCACACCCUGAAGAGUUUUCUCAAGUGCUUGAGGAUGAGCAGAUGCCGACUUGCAGCACUGCAAGUCCAGGUUAUCAAAUGCCUGAAACCGUCAAUAGCAGCAUGUUUGUGAUGGAUGUGAUUGCCACAGCUCAGUUCAAAGCCCAGGCCAAGCUGUUUCUCCAGCAACGUUUUGCAUCACAGACCUUUCCAACAUUCAAGGAGUUCAGAGCUCACUUUCCCUUAACAGCACGCUCCACAUACUACAUGUGGAAACGUGCCCUUCAUGAUGGACUUACUCUAGUGGAUGCCUAG